GAGUUGAAUGAAGGGUACGCGGCUAUGUUUAUUUACAUUUUUGGAUAAUCACAUUUCAUUAAAUUACACCCUGAUUUUAAAUAUCAUCAUUCUCAGCCUAAUUGUACAAUGAGUAGAGUUAUAACAUUCGUUACUGGAAACAUCAAAAAACUCGAAGAAGUUAAAUCUAUUCUCGGUCAUAACUUUCCUUAUGAGUUGAGAAGUGAAAAAAUUGAUUUGCCGGAACUUCAAGGAGAAAUUGAUGAAAUUAGUAGAAUUAAGUGUAAAGAAGCUGCAAAACAUAUCAAAGGCCCAGUCGUUGUUGAAGACACUUCAUUAUGUUUCAAUGCAUUAAAAGGCUUGCCAGGUCCUUACAUUAAAUGGUUUCUUGAUAAACUUGAACCGGAAGGACUUCAUAAACUACUGGCAGGAUUUGAAGAUAAAUCUGCACAAGCAAUCUGCACAUUAGCUUUUACACGCGAUGAGAAUUCUGAAGUGAUUCUCUUUCAGGGAGUAACUAACGGUACUAUUGUAGCUCCUCGAGGUUGUCGAGACUUUGGUUGGGAUCCUAUAUUUCAACCAGAUGACUAUGAUAAAACUUACGGUGAACUUCCCAAAGAGACUAAAAAUAAAAUUUCACAUCGUUAUAGAGCAGUUGACAAGUUACGUGAAUAUUUUGUGGAUUCAAAGAAGAGUUCAGCUUCAAAAAAAAGUUGAAUAAAAGAAAUUUUAAAAACAAAUAA